CACCAACCAAAUCGGAAAAACUCAGGAUAACUUCUCGCACAACGACCGACGAAGACGCCCGACAACCUCCCUCGCCCUUGUCCAGUCCGACCGCGAACUCCCAACCACUUCAGGCCGUGAGAAAAAAAGACAAAACAACCGCAAAAAUGGGUGGUGGAAUCUCUGUCCGCGAUGUCGAUGCGCAAAAGUUCAUCGAGACUUACUCCCAAUUCUUAAAGCGCCAGGGAAAGCUCCCCGUUCCCGGCUGGGUCGACACCGUCAAGACUGGUGUCAGCCGCGAAUUGCCUCCUCAGUCUGAGGACUGGUUCUACGUCCGCGCCGCUGCCGUGGCUCGUCAUGUCUACAUGAGAAAGACCGUCGGUGUUGGCCGUCUGCGAAAGACACACGGUACCGCCAAGAACCGAGGCACCCGCCCCUCCAAGCACGUAGACGCUUCAGGGUCCGUCGACCGCAAGAUCCUCCAGGCUCUUGAGAAGAUUGGUGUAUUGGAGCAAGACGAGGAGAAGGGAGGAAGAAGAAUCACGCAAUCCGGCCAACGUGAUCUUGACCGAAUCGCUCAGACCUGCGCUGAGGCCGAGGAGGAGGAUGAAGAUGACGAGUAAAUCUAGGAAACGGAAAAUGCGGUACCAGGGAACGAACUACUACGGUCUAGGUAGCAUAGGGCAUGGCGUCUGAAAAGGGUUGAUCAAUUCAUAGCGAAUUCGCAUUCGCACUUGUGCACAUUAGUAUCACCUCGAGGUCUGAAUGCACCGUGGCUUUUUACACAAAAACACCAAAUAAAUACCCCAAACAACAAGCCUCAAUCUUCAAGUGCAACACCUAUCUGCGAUCGAGCUGCGGUUGGAAAGCGUGGUAGCUCUCUAGCAACAUACUCAACUGUAGCCAAGAAGUAAUGAGUUGACAUUGCCAAUUGCCUCGUUUCCCUACUUCUGUCAGUGACAGCAAUAGUUGGCUAAUGCGAACAGCCAAUAAUAUACGUCACCAAUAAGACUGUCGAUAUCU